ACGGCAGGAGCCGCAGGCUUCCGCGGUCCUGAGGCGUUGACUCAGACGCACUGCGCUUGCGCACAACCUGGGCUCCGCGCUUAGGCCUCCUUUGGUUCCCCCUCCAUGCCUGGUGUUUAGGGCAGGCUUUUUAGCCUGCCUUUUGCCACGCACAUCUGGGUUACAGCACCCGGGGGUCUGUGGCAUUCCUGGGUAAAGAAGGUGGCAGAAGUGACUUCCAGCUGGACUACUGCUAUGCAGAGGAUGUGUCCUGGAGCUGGAAAGAAACAGUGACCCACAGGGAAGUGGACAGAGGAUUCAGGGAUUGACAAGAGCCAAACUUGAGAUUCCAUCUGAAACUGGCUCCAGAGUGACGUGUCACAUCCAGGACCCUGACACGGAACCAUGAUACUGCAGGCCUGGAGAUCUCUGCAGCUGCUGUACCUCUUAGAAGCCAUCUCUUUACUGCCUUGUACUGAAGCUCUUCUGUGCUAUGAGGCGACAGCAUCAGCCUUCAGAGCUGUGUCCUUGCAUAACUGGAAGUGGCUUCUGUUGAGGAGCAUGGUGUGCAAUCAGAGAGAGGGCUGCGAGGAGACUGUAGUGUUCAUCGAGACAGGAACCAGUAAGGGAGUCCUGAGUUUCAAAGGCUGCAGCCCCGCCUUUUCUUACCCUCCACAAAUCUCCUACCUUGUGUCUCCGCCCGGAGUGUCCAUUGCCUCCUACAGCCGAGUCUGCAGGUCCUAUCUCUGCAACAAUCUAACCAACCUGGAGCCUUUUGUGAGACUCAAGGCCAGUCAACCUAUGUCCACACUACCUUCUGCCAAAAGCUGUCCAAGCUGCGUGGGCAAGCACGACCAGGAAUGUCUUCCAAGCUUUGUCACCACAGAGAAUUGCCCCUUUGCUGCUUCCUCAUGUUACAGUUCCACCUUAAAAUUUCAGGCAGGGAAUCUCAAUACCACCUUCCUCAUCAUGGGCUGUGCUCGUGACUCACACAAGCUUUUAGCAGACUUUCAGCACAUUGGGAGCAUCCGAGUGACUGAGGUCAUCAAUGUCCUAGAUAAGUCCGAGGCUGUCAGUGCAGGGCACUGCAGUCGAGGUACCUCUUGGAGUGCUCUCUCAUGCCUUCUUAUACUCUUCAGAGACUGACCACCCAGCAGGACUGGAAAAACAUCAGACCCUCCCCUUGCAUAGUCAAAUAAAGUCUCGGGUUUCUCCUUG